UCGGGUACAUGUGAUUUUUGACAGCUUUGUUGUUUGUAUCGCCUCGCUGUGUGUCGAAAAACGGUCACUGGAGUCGUAAGUACACGGACGUAGUAUGAGCUACUCCGAUGAUACGGCAUCGGAGAUCAAGUCGGCAACGUCAAGCCGACUGGACUCGAGUGCAGUGACAACUUCGUCUCCUCACGACCGCCUGUCACAUUUCAUCGACGACUCUUGUCUAAAGACCAUUGCUCUUGAAGAUGAUGCUAGCACAGCUGAGGAAACAAGAGCGCUUCGUAGCAAUUCACCAGCAAAUAUGGACACUGCACAGGAUGAAGCACUGCACAAAACCGUCGUGCUUCAUUUUGACAAGUCGUAUCCCUUCACCAUCGUAGGCGCACUAAGGAUCGCAAUUCUGUUUCUGUCCCUGCUGAGCCUUAUAUGCAUAGCAAGUGCGGGAACGAAGGAAUAUGACAUCCUGCAGCUACCACGGUCGGAGCGUGUUCGCCUACACCUGUUUGUGUGUGUGCUGGCAUUUCUUCUAACAGCUGCUCUGAUGGUAGUGGACAAUUCCUCCAUUGUCCACAUCCUGCCCCUAAAUUGGGCCCUCAUCGACACAGUGCUAUGGGGAGUAUUGGCCCUUCUGUUUCUGGUCUCAUCCUCGCUACUGAUACAUAACAAGAUGCUUUACCAACGGGCUUAUUUUGCAAUUGUGGACUGGACCUGCAGCCUUUUCCUUGUCUCUGGGAUAUUUGGUCUGGGCUGUGUAUGUUCCUGCUUUGCUCUGGGAGUUCUACGUUUGUGUCGACACAAGGCCCCUCUUCGUCUGUCCUCAGGUGUUGCCAAUCAGGACAUUAUGAUGUCACCCAUAACCAUCAGUUGAUGCCACAGCAAGGUCACAUUCAUUGUGCAGUUUUGCAUUUUUUUUUGUGGGUGUGGGUCGGCUCCAUACUUGAGUUUACCCUUGCUGUUCAUGUCUUUAUGGGUUCCUUGUGAAUGUAGUUAUUUCAGUUAACUUUUACUUUUCCCAUUGUAAAGAAUGUGUGUUUAAAACAAAGUGCUAUUAAUAAUAACUUUGACAUCUUUGUAUGAAAUUCCAUUUGGCUGCAGUGUCAUUAACUAGUAAGUUUCAACAAAAAAAUGAAAAAAGUAGCUUCCUGUCCUCCCACCACCAACAAAGAGGGAACUUGUGUUGGUGCAUGCAAAUAUCUAAAACAAAGUUUUUAUUUAUUUUAUAGUCAUGUUGUAGUGUCUUUCCUUAAACCGUGAUGUAUGGAGUAUCAUGAAUUACAGCAUGCCAAUGCAGCUGAGGUGCACUGCAACAAAGACCACCUUCCCUCCUUUGACAGUUAUAGUAUAAAACAAAGUAUAUUGUGUGUUCUAACUCCCUCCUUAGCUUUAGGUGUCUGUUAUGUGAAAAAAAAAUUGAGGGGGUAGUGGUGGCUUAUUAUAUGUUAAUGUAUCUUCAGUUGUUUUUAAGUGUCACUGGUGAUUCUAGUUGACACCAUGAGUGUGUGAAUACUAGUCAGACCUAUUUGCUACAAAUUUUCCAAGUUUGUCUGGCUAUUUCCCAGUAGCCUCCAGAGUACCAUACUAACAAUCUGUGCAUUCUCUGUCUCAUUUUCUCUAAUAUGUAUUAUUUCACAGUAGUUAUAACUCAGAUGAAACAUAUUGGUUGAGCAUGCAUGACUUCUUUUAGGGGUUGGUUCUCAUUCCUACAUUUGCCAAAGGAGUUGCAUGUCUGCUCCUAUUGACAGCGAGCUAAUACUCCGUUGCAUUUCGCUCCUUCAUAUCUAAAGAGCAUCUUUAAAGUUCCUACAUUGAUCGUUGUGACCUAAGCUUAAAAUAUUUUUUGUUAGCUUGUUGAAGGAAAACUACAGAAAACUAUCGAGUUGUGGUACAUAUUCAAAGAUUUGGAACACUUGAUGAGUGUCUUUGAAAGUGAACUUCUGUGAACCUUUCUGGCUUUUUAUGGCUGCAGGUGCUGCUAUCUCGCCAAAUAGGCAACGCUUUGAAAUAAACUGCACCUUGGUGGCCGAUUGAGGACUCGAACUACUGUGCUCCAGCAUAGCAGCCCAGUGCUGUGAUGGAGGACAGAGGUUGUCCCUGUACAUGUACUUAUUUUGUGCCAAACAUUAGCUAUUCGCUUUUCUGUGAUUUUUAUUAUAGUGAUUUGGGUGUAGCACUACCUAGGAGAAGUGUAGUGAACUACUGUGUCACGAGUGCUAGCGAUUACUAACCCUUAACGCUGCGGUAGUCAAGAAAUGAAGUUUAAAUUCACCAGGGUCAUACUGCAUUGUGCACACAGAGCAUUAGAUGAAAGAUGUAAAUAAGAAACUUGUAUAUGUUGGUAAAUUCUAACAGGGUGCAUUGCAUCUGCUCUGGUUCAGUCUUUUAAGAGGAGAACCUUAGCAUGUUCGAUAACAGCCUAAAUUGAUUAUGUGCAUGUUGAAAGCCAGCACCAUGUUUAAAUUUUCACUCCUGGACACUUAGUCAUCCGAUUCUGUUUGCUGUGCACAAAAGAAACUACAUAAAUGGGACUAGCCGGGUAGCUUGGGGUCUCCCCUCCGUAUCCUCUGGACCAAAAUAGUUUUCAUCAUCAUCAUAAAUUUUAACUUUGUGCAUCGAAAACUUCAGUGGUAAAAAAUAGCAUAAAACAUGUAACAUCGCACUGAUUUAUUAGCUAUGUACCAAUUUGGAAAUGUUGAUUUGGCUUAUACUCCUCUUUUUUUCUUUCUUUUGAGGGGCAGGGGAGAGGGGGUAAGCUUUCCUCAAGGCACUGGAUAACUUCAGAAAUUUCACCCUGAUAUCGCUGGAUACAUGAUGACUACAUGAAAUGAAAAUCUAAAUGUCAGGUCAAGUUGCAACCAUUAACCUAGUCAAAGCCAAAACACGUGAAGCAUUAUAUUUAGUCAAGAUUUUGAUGAAAGUUCAUCAGGUCAAGUAACAUGGUAAGGUAUCAGUCAUUAAUCAAUUCAGGGUAAAAAAUAUGCAGGGUAUGAUGUGUAGUGCAGAGUUAGAUGAUUUGCUCGGUCAGCUGACAUGAGAAAAAAAGUAGAGGUCACUGACCAAGUAAACAUGCGAAACAUGCAGUAUGCAUGUUUUUUUGUAAUGUUCAUAAUGUUUACUCAUGUGUGACAGGGUGAAUGUAAAGUUAUUAACCCUUCACGAUAGCCUCAUCUCUUUUGAUGUCAUUCAUCCCAGUGGCCCUAUUCAUUGUCUUGUGGAUCAAAGCAAGGGCCCAAGCCAAUAUUCCUCAAUGCUAGCAUUGCAAUCUCUCCUAGCAGAAGUUUUCUAGCUUAUCAGAAGAAUAAAAUCCAUGCAAUAUUGAGAGUAAAAAGAACACUGAAGGCUAAUCUAUAAAAUUUCUGCAUUUUGAAAAUUUUCAAAGAAGUUUUGAUUAAGAGACAUUUCUUUUGGGUUAAUUCAUAGUGGCAGUAAUUGCUGGUUUGGGGUAUGCUGAAAGUGGUUACUAACAUAUGAAGCAUUGCACCUAUACCACAAUCUGUGCUGCCUGCAGAAAGUUUAUGGAUUUGCAUAAUAUGGUUUGCUGUAAACAAUGUUAUAACCUGGGAUAAGAAUGUAUUUACUCGUGUCUAGGCCAACCCCAAUUCUAAGCUGACCCCCAAAAGUCGGAAGCCCGUAUAAUAAAAGAAUUACCUCGAAUGUAGGCCAGACGAAAGAGUAUAGACAGCGUUCACAAAUAGGAAACAUUUAUUGAACAUGAGGCGGAAUGUGUAAGUAAGCGCAAACAGACAAGGACCUAAAAAAGUACUGACACGUUCUUGUCUGUUCGCGCUUACUCGCUCUUCAUGGAUGCAAACCAACUAGCCCACCAACAUGUUUUAGCAAAGAGGAGAAAACAAAGCUGUUUAUUCAUGAUCCAAAUAACUUGAAAAAUAUACAGCCGCUAGUCCAGUUGUGCGAGCUUCUUUGCCGUCAUUUUUCUCUUUUUUUGCGCUGCUUGAAACAUAAAGAUGCCUCACUUGCUGAUGCCACGCUCAUUUCGAGUCGUCAUGGCUGCUUCCCUCGUCGCUGUUUUCAAACAGUGCACAAUCCUCGGUGCCAUCAAGUGUAUUGGAUGUGCCGCACUUCUUAAAUGUACUAUCAAAGUUCCUGGGAUGUCGUCCCACGCUUCAGCCUCCUCCGGUAACCCACUUUUUUUUUUGCACCCACUCUAAAGUUUCGCUCGCCUUGAACAUUGAACAACGAUUUCACGGCUAGGACACUUUUUUUUUAUAAGGGGCACUAUAAUGACACCGCUUAUUUGACGCCAUUGAGCUACGUCACACACGGAUCACUUAUAGAGCGACUCAAAAUGACAAACAGCUCACUUCAACACUCGCUGUAAAGAUCAAAAUGGCGGCCUCGCGUGUGUGCUUAAGUCAGGUGUUGGCUCAGCUAAAAACAGCUACAACACCAUAUAGGUAGCGCUAGUUGUGCACCACUUUUCUCUAUGAAAAAAUGGCAUGUUUUUCAAAAUUCUCGGAUCUAAAUCCAUCCAGGAGUUUGAUACAAAGAAAAUUGAAAAAAACUAUUUGACUAGAUUAUAAUACGGUAAAUAAUGUGCAAAAGUGAACUUUAGCUUUCCUUCAUAGCAUUUGCAUUUUUACUUCACUAGCAGUACUGUUUCUUUUUAAUUUUCACACUGUGAAAAACAUGAGUGUUUUAUGUUUGAAAGAAGUUUUUAUGAAUAAUGCCUGGCAUGAUGAAAGCUCAGAGAGAAAAGAAGAUAUAAUUUUCCUGAAUAAGCUGGACAUUCAAAAAAAUAUACUUAAUGUGAAUAUGUUAAAA